GCCGCGACCAUGACUGAAGUGCAGCAGCCGCCGAGCGAGUCUACGACGAGGCUCAACAGCUACGUGGGCUUCGACUCGAUCACACAGCAGAUCGAGCACAAGUUGCUCAAGCGCGGCUUCCAGUUCAAUGUGAUCGUCGUCGGCCAGACCGGUCUGGGCAAGUCGACCCUGAUCAACACGAUCUUCGCCUCGCACCUCAUCGACACCAAGGGCCGCCUCGAGGCCGACGAGCCCAUCCGCCAGACGACCGAGAUCCAGGCCGUCUCGCACAUCGUCCAGGAGAACGCCGUCCGCCUGCGGCUCAACAUCGUCGACACGCCAGGGUACGGCGACCUCGUCAACAACGAGAACUGCUGGGACCCGAUCGUCAAGUACAUCAAGGACCAGCACUCGGCGUACCUGCGCAAGGAGCUCACGGCCAUGCGCGACAAGCACAUUCCCGACACGCGCAUCCACGCCGCGCUCUACUUUAUCGCGCCGACGGGCCACACGCUCAAGGCGAUCGACAUUGUCGUCAUGAAGCGCCUGUCGGAGGUCGUCAACGUCGUGCCCGUCAUCGCCAAGAGCGACAGCCUGACGCUCGAGGAGCGCGAGGCGUUCAAGCAGCGUAUCCGGGCCGAGUUGGCGCACCACCAGAUCCGCGUCUACCCGUUCGACACGGAGGAGAACGACGACGAGGAGAGGCAGCUCAACGGCGCCAUUCGGAACAUGAUGCCGUUCGCCGUCGUCGGCUCGGAGCGCAACGUGAUCGUCGACGGCAAGCCCGUCCGAGGCCGCAAGAACCGGUGGGGCGUCGUCAACGUCGAGAACGAGGCGCACUGCGACUUCAACUACCUGCGCAACUUUUUGACUCGCACGCACCUGCAAGACUUGAUCGAGACGACGGCUCAGAUCCACUACGAGGCGUUCCGGUCGAAGCAGCUCCUCGCCCUCAAAGAGUCGUCGGCCGCCAAGUCGCAGCAGGCGCAGCACGUCGGCGCAUGAGCCUCCUCUUCCCUCUCUCGUCCUCAUUUCGGUCCCGUCACCCCCCCUCGUACGCUCUUGAUACCCCCUCC